GCCAUGGCGGAGCUGCAGCAGCUCUGGGUGCAGGAGGUGGUGGACGCCAUGGUGAAAAGUCUGGAGAGAGAGAACAUCCGGAAGAUGCAGGGCCUCAUGUUCUGGUGCAGCACCAGCUGUUGUGAUGACAACCAGGCGUCCAUGCAGCAGGUGCACCAGUGCAUUGAGUGCUGCCAUGCACCUCUAGUCCAAGCCCAGGCCUUGGUGAUCAAUGAGCUGGAGAAGUUCCAGGACCACCUGGCCCGGUGCACCAUGCAUUGCAACGACAAAGCCAAAGAUUCCAUAGAUGCAGGGAGCAAGGAGCUUCAGGCGAAGCAGCAGCUGGACAGUUGUGUGGCCAGGUGUGUGGAUGACCACAUGCACUCAUCCCGAUUAUGA